AAAAUUUUAAUAAAAUUGUAAAAAUCUUACAAUUUACGAUACGAUUUGCGAUUCAAUAUGAUUCAAUCCCUACCACGAUUUGCGAUACAAUAACGAUUUUGACAACAUUGGUUACAAAGAAUAUCUUUGCAGCUUAAUUUUUAUCCUUAAACCUCAUUCAGUACUAGCCUGGUUUAUUUUUUGCAGAGUUCUAUAAGAAGUGAGCUUACAUUUUAAUUGUGGGCUCUUCUUAGCGUUACGUAUUUUGGGCCGUUGGAAGCUUAGCAAUCAUGGAGUCCACUUCUUUAGAAGAAAAUACGAUGAUUGAAGAUGAGGGGAAACAGACUUCUAAAUGGGAUUUAGCAGCUGAAAUCGUACAAGAUCACACUCAACCUGGGGAAGCAGGUGAAUCUUGUCAGGAUAAAGAAACUGAUUCAGUGUGGGAAUCUUCCAAGGGUGCUGGUAGUGAUGUCCCAAAGUGGCCUGGCAUUGAAGCUGACAAUAAUACUAUGUCAAAAGAAUUUUCUGGAUGGUCAAAAUGGGAAAAUAUGCCUGGAAACAAGGAUGAAGGAAAAGGUGGCGAUGUCAACAGGGAUGGCGAGGAGAUUAUGCCAACCACAAGGAUGGAUUGUGGAGAUCGGAGCUGGGGUAAGAGUAUACCUCUGGAUCCUGAUGCUUGGAGGCGACGGAGUCGGAGUCCAUCUCCAAAGAGUGGGUGGAGCAGGUCACGCAGGACUAGAAGCAGGAGCCCUUCUCAUGGUUUUAAGCAUGAGACAGAUGGAUGGAAGGACCGGAGUAGAAGUAGAACCGGAGGUUCAACAGCACCAUGUAGGAAUUUUGCAGUGGGAAGAUGCAGAAGGGGAAGUCAAUGCAGGUUUCUUCAUCAGGAUGUGCAUGAUCAUGAUGAUCGGAGGUAUGGUGGGGGGUCUGCAGAAAACCGGGCAAGUAGACAAGAGGAGGGAGGGUCUCCAGGGCAUGCCAGUGAUGAAGCGUUUACUGAUUCACAUGAGCAAGGGAAGCAUUAUGAUGUGCACGGGAGUCGCUAUGAUGGACAUCCUGAGAAGCAUGAAUCGCAGAGGAGCACCAGAUCAUCCGAACUCUGCAACAAUUUUUUGAAAGGCAGAUGCCACAGAGGGUCAGCAUGCAGAUUUGUCCAUGAUAGUGCUUCUGCUGAUGGAUACAAUGAGUGGUCGUCAAAAGCAGGGAAAAGAGAAAGGCCCCAUGACAUGAGAGAGCCUGACGACUCCUUUGGACGUGAUUGGAGGCAUGAAACCCGCCGGAAUAGUGAUAUUCCUUGCAAGUACUUUGCUGGAGGUCAUUGCCGCAGUGGAGAAAACUGCAAGUUCUCUCAUAAUGCUCCAGUGGUUGAUAGCCCUGAAGGAAGGUCUCGCGGUGAUAAGUUUAGUCAUGAAUUGGUUAGUGAGAAUCGAUCAUGGGAUGGCCCAAAAUGGAGUGAAAGACCAGAUGCCCGACAUGCACACAGUUCCCCUCAGCGGAGGAAUGACAAUAAUGGUGCAGGGGUGAGCGCAUCUGAGAGUCGAUCUUGGGAUGGUCCAAAAUGGAGUGACAAAGCACCUGGCAAAAACACAUCUAAUUCCUCUCAGCGGAGCAAGGAUGGUGUUGGAUGGGGUAUGGAAGAGUCACGAUGUAAUCCUGAAGAUCUGCAAUCUCAAAAUCCUAAAGAAGACAUGAAACAUGAAAUUUCACCGAAAGUUGUCACUGAGACCAUUUUACCCACCUGCAAACAGAAUCUAACUCAACAAGUUUCAGGCCAACAACAACAUGUUCUGACUGGCAUGAUGCAAGUGGUUGCAUCUGAAAAUGCGCAUAUUCAACAGUAUCCUGGUCAGAAUGGACAGAGGCAACAAAUACCCACUCCAUCUGUUGUUCAGAGCUUUAACCCAAAUACGCAGAGUCAACAGAUAGGCUUUCCACCCCCAAAUAUGCAAAGCUUAAACUCAAAUGGGCAGAAUCAACAAAUUGUCCCUCCAAUUCGAAAUGAACAGAACUUCAACCCAAAUGGUCUGAGCCAGCAGACAAUCCCUCAGCCUCUUUUAAACAAGAAACCCGAUCUAGCAGAUGCAAAUAUGUCACCGGUAACUUCUGGAACUCCGACCGCCCCAAAUGCAGCAAUCAGCAAGCAGGUUCCUCAAUUGACGAAUCUUUCAGCAUCCCUAGCACAGAUACUUGGAAAUGGGCUAUAUGCCUCUCUAAAUCAUCUCAGUGCCACCGGAGUGGUGCCGUCUCUCCCCUAUCCUCAUCCUAACUCUGCAAAUCCUCUUGCACAGACAGCAGCUCAUGUUCAGCCUAAUCAAGUGUCUUGGUCCCAAAAGCAGUAUGAUCCCAUAUGUGAUAGCAUAGAGCCUGUAAAGCUGGACAUCAAUGAUCGGCCUCCAGGUUUCCCACUAAAUCCCCAUGAACAGACUGCUGUUGAAGAAUCACAAGCAUCUGUGUUGACUUUGGCCCCACCUGCUACUGGCAGGCCCAAUGAUGGUGAUCGUCACAGGAGUGGUGGUAGUUUGGAGGAGAAUCUGCAUCAGAAUCGAGAGCUUAAGAGUCGGGAUCCUAGGGCUAAGAGUGUUGGUGAACAGCAAACAGGCCAAAGUGAGAAGGAACAGAAAAUGGGCCAAAGUGAGAAGGAACAACACAUGAGGCAAAGCGAGAAGGAAUGGCAGACUGGGCAAAGUGAGAAGGCACAGCAAACCGGUGAAAGCGAGAAGGAACAGCAAACGGGCCAUUCGAAGGACAUGGAUGCAGACUGUGAGGCUGAUGAAGAGGGUAAGAGAAGCAAAGAUGAGAAGGGGAUGAGGUUGUUCAAAUUUGCGCUCGUUGAGUUUGUUAAGGAGCUCCUAAAACCGGCUUGGAAGGAAGGCCACUUGAGUAGGGAAGCGCACAAAACCAUAGUGAAGAAAGUUGUUGAUAAAGUUACUGGUGCAAUACAGCCCCCUCAAAUCCCUCAGACACAAGAGAAGGUAGACCUUUACCUGUCGCAUUCCAAAACCAAGCUUACCAAACUUGUACAGGCAUACGUGAGCAAAUAUUCAAAGACUUGAGAAUGUGCUUGAAACCUAUGUUACAUUCUCUCCCUCUCCCUCCCUCCCUCCCUCCCUCCCUCUCUCUGUGUAUCAACAAGACAGUUAAAAUAUUUCUUUCUUUUUCUUUUUUCUUUUUAUUAUGUGUAGAAGCUUAAAAGACAAUAGCGGCAUAGAAUUUUACGGGUCUGGAUCCCUUGGCCUCGCAGUUGAGGGACAAGCUCACUACUGAUUAGGCAGGCUUGAGAUUGGUGUUGAAUCUUUGUUUCUGAUACUGCAAGUUUUGUAAAUUCAAGUUCAGUUUCUCCCCUCUCAA